AUGGUUAAAAAGGUGAUUUGUAAACUUGAUGGGAAUGACGGCAGCUUUCCUCAGCCUUCAAAGUCAAGCUUCAUUUAUCGAGUCGAGCCAGGGACGACUGUAAGCUUUCAAAUUGAAGCUGGGUCUGUUGUAAACACAGAGAACACAGUUCUUAUACUUGAUAUUCACAGAGGAACGAAUCCAGAAACUCAAGCAACUCCAGGUUCUUUUAGUCCUUUAGGUCAUUGGAUUUGUGAUGUCACUUUUUCAACUCCAGGCAACUAUAAUAUCUUCAUAGAGUACACGGAUAAGGUUUCGAAAGAAAAAUUGCAAGGAUCAGUAAAUUAUCUCAUUGUCGACCCAGAGAUCAAAAUUGGAGGAAAAGUAAUACCCAUCAAUGGAAUUUGUAUGCAGAGUGUCUUGUCGCGCUCUCUUGGGCCUAUAAAUAGAUGGUUUGAGGUACUGAAGCACCAGAAUGGGCUGGGAUAUAAUUUAUUUCACUUGACGCCAAUACAGGAGCUAGGACCAUCACAAAGCUUGUAUAGCAUUAAUGACCCUAAUAAGCUAAACCCAGAGUUGUUCCCAGGGCUGGAAACUGUAAAUUUUAUAUAGGAAGAAGCAAAAACUCAAGCUUUGCAAAAUGUAUUGGCACAGCUGGAAAGUGAAGGGGUAGGGUGCAUUCAAGAUGUCGUGCUUAAUCACUCAGCUGAUGGCUGUCCAUUUUUAGAAGAGCAUCCAAACGCAACUUAUAACUUGAAAAACUGCACAUAUCUGACUGUAGCUUAUGAACUAGAUAAAGCUUUAUGCGAAUUUUCAACAUCUUUAUGGAAAAGAUGUGUAAAAAACUAUGGAAACCGCAAUAGGAUUGAAAAUGAGAGAGAUUUAAGCAACAUUAUUAGAAUUUUAAGAGUUGAGCUGCUACCUUCAUUGAGGCUACAGGAGUAUUUCCAAAUUAACACAGAAAAGGCUUACGAAGAUUUUAAAAAUAAUGAAACUCAUAAAACACUCGAUAUUAACUUACUCUACCUCAAUGAGCAAGAAAAACUAUUGGAAAAUCCUUUUUUGGGUAAAAACCACUGUGCAAAUAUUUUUUUAAUAUAAUAAUGUGCAAACAAUAAUUAUUAAAAUAAUGAAAUCUCAGCUAAUUCUACUGAAUUUAAAGUUGGAAAUUAAAUUAUUUACUUGCUAAUUUUUCGAAUUAUGAUUUUUUGAAUUUAAUAAAUAUCAAAAAAAAUUAGCCCUCUCUGUUGGGGCAGUUAGCCCAAGAAUUACUCUCUAAAGGAACCGAGUAUUUUAUGAAGAAAUACGCAGUAAUUGGUGAAGGAGAAGGAAGAUUCUUAACAACAAUUAACGGCGAACUUGUUUGGAGAGCAUUUAAUACACUAAAAAUGAACAGAGACACCAUCUUAUCCGAAGCCAAAAAGCUGAUCAACGGAAUAAACUCAUACUUAUUAGGAAGAUAUGAAAGACACCAAGGGGAAAUCAUAAGCAACAUAGAAGGAGACAUAAGAUAUCACAAGAUUGAACAAAAUAACGUAGAAAUCACCCCUGCAAACCCACUCGUAAAACCAUAUUUCUACCAGCUUAGAAGUGGAGAUGUAGCGUUGUUUAAUGGAUUUAUUAUUGGCUAUAACGAAGUACUAAAAGAUUUCGCUGAUAAAGAGGGUUGGCAGUACUUCAGAAGAAACGUAGUCAUAUGAAGCGAUUGCAUUAAGUUGAGAUAUGGAAGCUCCCGAGAUGACUGCCCUGAGCUUUGGGAUAGAAUGGAAAACUACGUCACAAAUAUAGCCAGAAUUUUCAAAGGAAUUCGUCUUGAUAACGCUCAUUCAACACCUCUUCAUGUAUCUGAAUAUUUAUUAUCCAAGGCUCGAUUGGCUAAUCCUAACCUUUUUGUGAUAGCAGAGCUGUUUACAAGCGACCAAAACACAGACUCUUUAUUUGUCAGAAGGCUAGGAAUUAACUGUCUUAUACGUGAAGCUAUGAUGGCUAAUAACCCCAGGACGCUUGGAAGGCUUGUAUAUGAGCACGGAAAUGGAGAAAUUGCAUCUUUAGGGAGUCUUGAAGAAACUGAUCUCAACAACAGCAGCUUACUUGGGAUUCAGCAUGAGUCAGGAGCAACCAAACUUAUUGCAUGGCCAGUUCCUGCAAUUUUUUAUGAUUGUACACAUGAUAACGAAACUCCAGCACAAAAAAGAACAGCCCAAGAUGCAUUACCAAACGCCGCAAUGGUCGCUCUGUGCAACUGUGCCAUUUCUUCUACAAGAGGAUACGAUGAAUUAAUUCCUAAACAGUUAUCAGUAGUUACUGAAAGAAGACUGUAUAAACUGCCAGUUAUUGAAGAACAAAAAGUAAAUGAAAUUAAAGUAUUUGAGGCAGAAAAUGAAGAGUAUAUAAAAGUCUUUGUAGAGUAUACAAGGGGAGAGCCUGCUAGAGAAAUCUUUAUUAAAGGAGAAUGGGAUGGAUGGGCAAACCCUAUACAUUUAGAAAAGUCUGGAGAAAAUAAUAUGUGGAAAUCUGCUUUAUUGUUCCCAAAAACAUAUGCUGGAAGAGAAUUUAACUAUAAGUAUAUAGUUGAUGGAGUGUGGCUACAUGAUCCAAAAUUCAGAUUUUCAGGUACUGGAGCUUAUACUAAUAACAUUUUAUCAGUAAAUCCUCAAGCAAUCAGCCCAGGAAAUUCAGAAAACCUCUGCCCUGCUAAAAAAUACCUUAAUUUGCUUCAUACAUAUUUAGCGGAAAAUGGCUAUAAUGAACUGUAUGUUCAUCAAUGCACAGAAGAUAUGGCCAUGGUUAUCAGACAAAACCCUAAAACGCUUGAAAGCUACGUAUUAGUUUCUAGGUCUGCUCAUUAUAACUCCAACGAGGCAAUAGCUUUUAAUGGGCUUAAAUUACCAGGCCUAUUAGAUAGGGUUGAAUUUAUAGCCACUUUGGCUAUGAAAAACACCAGAUUUGAAGAGCAUCACGAUUUUGUCAAUGGAUUAGCUGGAAACUUAGAAUUCACCACAAAUUUAGCCCAAUUUUGCAAUGUUUCCCGAGAUAUAACUGAAAAUGUUGAUGUUCUGAAUUUCUUUAUCCACCUUCCGUGAGCUGAUUUUGAAUAAAUAACACCUCCGAGGAGCAAAAAUUUUUUGGUAUAUUAUAAAAUUAUAUAUUUAUUAUAUAUAAGUGAUAAUUAUUAUAAAUAAAUCUUUGCUGAAAGUAAUUUGUAUUUUAAACAUGGAUUUAUCAAAUUAAAUUAAUUUUGUUUUCCCAAUUUUUGCGAAUUGAUUUUUUUUUAAAUUUCGAGAAAAAUUGUGCUGCAAAAUUUAUAUAAAAAAAUUUUAAAAAGUUUAUACCCCUUACUUCACUAAUCGAAGGGGACAGUUAGAAUCCCACAAGCUUUCAUAGCUAUUGUGAAGACAAAACUAAAUGCAGAAACCUUAGAAGGGAUUGAAAAGGGAUAUGAGAUUUUAGCGAGCUUCAACAAUUGCAAGAGAGUUUUUGAAGGGCUAAGUUUACAGCAAGUAAAUCAUAUACUCUGGAGAUGCAGCCAAGAGGAGCUUGAUGCCUCUGGAGGAAAAAGAGAUGUGUACGGGAUACCUGGGUAUAAAGCAUUUAGCUAUGCUGGAUUAGGAGGACUUGUUGUUGAAUUUCUACCACUUACGAUCGGGAAUAGGCUUGGGCAUGAAAUAUUCAAUAACUUGAGGCAAGGAAGCUGGCUUAUUGAUUAUAAUGUGUCUAGGCUGCAACAAUAUGAAUUGCCAGCUAGACUUCAACAAUUCAUUCAUGAUCAUUUUGGCAAAAUCAAAUCUUUGCCAAGAGGAGUGAUCCCUAAUUUCCCCUUAUCUUGGAUUUAAUGGAUCGCCAUCGUUAAUGCAUUAUAUAUUAAAUUUUUUCCACAUAAAAAUAUUUUAUGCGUUAACCACAAGACAUAGAAUGUGCAAUGUAUUAACAAAUAUACUAUAAAUUGUGAAAAGAUAUAUUAUAUGGUAUAAUCUAUAAGAUUCAUAUUGUCAAAAAUAGGGAAUUAGAUUUGAUACGUAAGAGGGAGUGGGUUUCAUCCUUGAGUAUAUGAAAUUUGUGUGGUAAAAACUUUUCCCCAAUUUUUGGAAAUUAUUAUUCAAUCAAGAAUGGGAGUAAGCACUUUGUAAAGACCGUUUUCUUGCUAUUUAGAAACAUAAAGCUUUAUGUGCUAACUCCCCCCCCCUUUAAAUUGGAACUAAAAAUUUUGUUCCAAUUUAAAGGGGGGUUAAUUUUUUUUUUUUAAAAAAAAAAAUAUCAAUAUAAAAUUUUUUAUAAAAAAAAAACUUUCAAAAACAUAUCGAAUUAGAUCAAUAAAUUUGUUUAAUAAAAUGCUAUUUACUCUUUAUCCUUUAAAAUAAAGCAAGAUAUAACUAAAUUUUCAUUAUUAGUUAAUACGCCAAUAUUAAUUGGUAUCAAAAUUAUUUACACAAAAAUUAUUAUUUUUAUUGAUAAAAAAAAUUUAAAAAAAAAAAAACAAAUUUUAGAAAAUUUAUCGAUCAAAGUGCUAAUUUUGUUUAAAUAAGAUGCUAUUUAUACUCUAUUCUUUAAAAUAAAGCAAGAAAUAAGUAAAUUUUGAAAUUUUAUAAAGAAUUCCUAUUGAAUUUAUAUCAAAACUAUCCAAAUAAAAAAUAUCAUUUUUAUCAAAAAAAAAAAAAUUUUUUUUGAAAAAUUUUUUAAAAACAAAAAUUUAAAUUUUUUUUAAAAUUUAGCAAUUAAGGAUAAUAAAUUUAUUUAAAUAAGAUGCUCUUUAUAUUUGUUCUUUAAAAAAGAGCAAGAUAUAACUAAAUUUUUUAAUUUUAGUUAAGAAGAAAUAUUUAACUUAUAUCAAAACUUUUUAGAUAAAAAUUAUAUAUAAUUUUUUAUUAUAAAAUUAAAUUUUGUUCCUAUUUAAAGGGGGGUUAAUUUACCAAAAAAGUGGAAACUUUACCGAUAUUUUGUUCCGAUUUAAAGGGGGGGGAGUAAGAGACUUAUUCAAGGGAAGCAAACUUUUCAAUGACUCAGAUGAUAGUUUAGUAGAUUACUUAGGAGUUGCAGUAUCACAGUUUUGGGGAAGAGUCCCAAGCGCAAGAUCUCAUAUAGGAGCAGACUCGCUUUCAGCAGGUCUUCCACACUUUUCUCUUGGCUUCAUGAGAUGUUGGGGUAGAGAUACUUUCAUUUCUCUAGCUUUCACCUCUAAAGCAAUUAACUAAUUAUCAAAACUGAUUUAGUUUAAAUUAUUUUUAAUAAUAUGAUUUAAUUUUUUUAUUAGAAGCAGCAAUCUAAAAUUUUCUCCAUAAUAUUUUUUUUUAAAAUAUUUAAUAUCGCCAAUCGGUAGCAAUAAUUGCAUUCAUUUUAAAUUGGCAAGGGAGAUUAAGAGGAUUGUUAUUAUGCACUGGCAUAUGGCAAGAAGCGAGAGAAACUAUUAUCACAUAUGCAUCUGUAAUGCAAAAUGGCUUAAUCCCUAACUUACUAGACUCUGGGAAUAACUCUCGCUAUAACGCCAGAGAUGCCACUUGGUUUUUCAUGCAAGCUAUUCAAGAUUAUAUUAAAAUGUCUCCUGAAGGCCCUGCUAUUUUGCAAGAAAUGGUAAAACUUCGCUUUAAAAAUGGUGAAAUUGACCAUUCAGAUACCCCACCAAUUCAGCUUGCAGAAAUAGUUCACAUAAUUUUACAGGCCCAUGCAAGAGGUAUUGAAUUCAGAGAAAGAAAUGCUGGAACAAGAAUAGACGCUCACAUGCGUGAUGAGGGUUUCAACAUAAAGAUAAGCUUUGACCCUCAUACAGGAUUUAUCUAUGGAGGAAACAGAUGGAACUGUGGAACCUGGAUGGAUAAAAUGGGAAGCUCACCUAAAGCCGGCAACAAAGGUGUCCCUGCAACACCAAGAGAUGGAGCUGCAAUUGAAAUUGUUGCACUUUUGUACUCUAGCAUAGACUUUUUCGCUAAAUUAUUCGAGGAAGGAAAAUUCCCAUACCAAGGUGUAACCCUCGCAGAUCAUACAAAUUUAAGCUAUCAUGAGUGGAAAACUAAAAUUGAGCAGUCUUUUGAAAAUUAUUUCUUUAUCCCAGAAGAUGGGAAUUCUCCACAGGUAAACAGAAAACACUUACUCCCCCCCCCUCCGUGAGUGAACAAAACCAUUAGAAAAAUCGCUAUUUUUUGCCCAAAAACCCACCCUCCGUGAGUGAACAAAAAUUUUUUUAAUACAAAAAUUUUUUAUGGAAAAAAAAUUUGAUAUAUAAAUGAUAAUUAUUAUAAUGAAAUCUAGAGCUAAUUCUGUUUAAUUUUAAACGAAUUGCUUUUUAAAACAUAAAUUUUAUAAAUUAAAUUAAUAUUUGCUUUCCAAUUUUUGCGAAUUAGGAUUUUUUUAAAUUUCGAAAACAAUAUUUUUUAGAAAAUUUAUAUAUAAAUUUUUUUAAAAAAAAAAAAUUAACCCCCCUCCGUGAGUGAACAAAAUUUUUUUGUUCACUCACGGAGGGGGGGGAGUUAGGGAUUCCUGGGAUUUAUAAAGACACACUAAGAAGCUCGCUGGAUUAUACUGACUAUCAGUUAAGACCAAAUCAGUGCAUUGCAAUGGCAGUCGCUUCAAAACUGUUCAAUCCAGAGCAUGCAGCUUUUGCAUUGAACCAAAUAACAAAAUAUUUAAUGCCAGGCGUUGGGAGAGGACAAGUUGGGAUCAGGACUUUGAAUGAGGAGGAUAGAGAUUAUAAGCCAUUUUAUGAUAAUUCUAAUGACUCAAAUGAUUACUCUAUCGCGCAAGGGUUCAGCUAUCACAAUGGACCUGAAUGGGUAUGGCCUGUUGGGUAUUACUUAAGAGCGUUAUUAACAUUUGACCCAUCUAAGAAAGACUUUGUAAUGAAAUGCCUUAAGGAGCAUAGAACUUAUAUUGAAAACUCAGCGUGGAUGUCAAUCUGUGAGCUAACAGACAGAGGUGGAAAAGAAAACAAGUUUUCAAGCAUGGCCCAAGCUUGGAGCGUGUCAACACUUAUUGAAGUCCUUUAUGAAUUACGCUAA